AUGGGUUUGUUUCCAGCAGUGCUGAAUCUUGCCAGUAUGGCUGAAAUCAGUUCCAAUGCCACAUGUGGUUUCAAUGGCCCAGAAAUGUACUGCAAGCUGGUGGAACAUGUUCCUGGAUGGCCAUUUAGGAACCCACAAUGCAGAGUCUGUGACAUGAACAGUCAGAACCCAAAAGAACGGCACCCAAUUACAAAUGCAAUUGAUGGUACAAACCGAUGGUGGCAAAGUCCAAGUAUACGAAAUGGAAUGAAGUAUCAUGAUGUGAUUAUCACCCUGGAUCUUAACCAGGUUUUUCAGAUUGCAUAUAUUAUCAUAAAGGCAGCCAAUUCUCCACGCCCUGGGAACUGGAUUUUAGAGCGGUCAUUUGAUGGUAUCACAUACAAAGCGUGGCAAUACUAUGCUAUAACGGAUACUGAAUGCCUCACUCGCUACAAAAUUAUACCUCGCAGAGGCACCCCCUCCUAUACAGCUGAUGAUGAGGUGAUCUGUACUUCAUUCUACUCAAAAAUUCAUCCUUUGGAAAAUGGAGAGAUUCAUACCUCUCUUAUAACUGGAAGACCGAGUGCUGAAGAUCCAUCUUCAACUUUGCUGAAUUUCACCUCAGCUCGCUACAUACGCCUGAGGCUUCAGAGAAUUAGGACACUUAAUGCAGAUCUAAUGACAUUGGCUCACCAUGAUCCAAAGGAUGUUGAUGCUAUUGUUACCAGAAGGUAUUACUACUCCUUGAAAGAUAUUUCCAUUGGUGGAUUGUGUAUCUGCUAUGGACAUGCCAAAGAUUGUCCAGUUGACUUAGAUAGUAAGAAGUUUAGCUGUGAAUGUGAGCACAACACCUGUGGAGACAGCUGUGAUCAUUGCUGCCCUGGCUUCCAUCAGAGCCCAUGGCAAGCUGGAACCUUUCUCAGCAGCAACGCAUGUGAAAAAUGUAAUUGUCAUGGAAAAACUAAGGAUUGCUAUUAUGACCAGAAUGUAGCAGACAGAAACCAGAGCUUGAACACAAAUCACGAAAACAUUGGUGGCGGAGUGUGCACCAAUUGUGCUAACAGGACAACCGGAAUAAAUUGUGAGACCUGCAUUGAUGAAUACUUCAGACCUCAAAGGGUCUCCCCUUAUGAUUCUGAUCCCUGUGUACCUUGCAGGUGCAAUUCAAUUGGAUCUUUGCACAGUAAAUGUAUUAAGGAUGACAAGCACGUUGAAGAAGAUCUGCUCCCUGGGUCCUGCCGUUGCAAGCCUGGUUUUGGUGGGGUACGAUGUGACAGAUGUGCAUUUGGUUUCACUGGAUUUCCUAAUUGUUUUCGCUGCAGCUGCAGUGCAGCUGGCAGCUCGAAUACUGAUCCAUGCAUUGAACCAUGCAUCUGCAAGGCCAGCGUUGAAGGUGAGAACUGCGACAUGUGCAAAAAAGGAUUCUAUAAUUUGCAGUUAAAAAACCCCAAUGGCUGUGACCAGUGUUUCUGUUCAGGGGUAUCUACUUACUGUGAAAAUUGUCCAUGGACCUAUGACAGUGUGACAGACAUGUUUGGUUGGUACCUGACUGAUUUGGAAGGCAUCAGGAAAAUUGCACCGAGGCAAGAGAUCACUGGUGGAGUACAACAGCUCAGUAUCAACCAUGAUCAAGUCAGAGGGAUUUUAGCACCGCUGUAUUAUUGGAGUGCUCCCAGCAGAUAUUUGGGUAAUAAGCUGACAUCGUAUGGAGGGGAAUUGAUUUUCAUCAUCUCUUAUGAUAUAGAACACCAAAUGGGCAUCCACACAAUAUCCCAUGAAGAUGUUAUCUUAGAGGGAAAUGGUAUCCGCAUAAGCAAUGGUCGUGAAGGAAUCUUGCUUUAUCCAGAUGCAGAGCACAGUGAGGUGGUUGUGCUGCUGCCAGAAAACUUUGUCAUUCAUGGAACAGGUUUGCCUGUCAGCAAAAAGGACUUCAUGACUGUCCUGGCAAACUUGAACCGUCUUCUAAUAAGGGCCACCUAUAGCAGUGACCAGAAUGCCAUUAAUAGGUUGAGAUCUGUUUUCCUCCAUGUUGCUGAUUCACAAUCAUUGGGCCAAGAUGUGGCUACAGACGUUGAGAUUUGCGAGUGUCCCAUUGGGUACUCCGGCACGUCUUGUGAAUCUUGUUUGCCUGGAUUCCGACGAGUAAAUAGCACCCUCUAUGGAGGAAUAUGCGAGGUGUGCAAAUGCCACGGCCAUUCAGUGUCUUGUGAUGACAUUACUGGAGAAUGUUUGGGCUGCCAGCACCACACCACUGGAAUUUACUGCGAUCAAUGCCAGCCUGGAUUUUAUGGAUAUCCAAUUCAGGGUACUCCCAAUGAUUGCCAACUUUGUAGCUGCCCGUUACUAAUUUCAACAAACAAUUUCAGCCCAACUUGUCACCUGGAUUCCAGGGGAGAGCAAAUAUGCGACCAGUGUGCACCUGGGUACUCAGGACCUCAGUGCAACAGGUGCACUGUUGGCUUCUUUGGGCAUCCCACUGAACCAGGUGGAUCAUGCCAGCCCUGUCAGUGCAAUGGAAACCUUGAUCUAUCAGUCCCUGGGUGCUGUGAUUCAAUGACAGGAGAGUGUCUACACUGUAUUGAGGGAACGACUGGUCAGUUCUGUGAGCUAUGUGCUGAAAGCUUCUUUGGGGAUGCUGUUGCCAAGAGUUGCCAGGCCUGUCAAUGCCAUGUGAAUGGUUCCACCACCAAUGCCUGUGACACACAGACAGGCCAGUGCCAGUGCAAACCAAAUGUUGAAGGAAGAAAGUGCAACCAUUGUAUGCCUAACUGCUGGUGGGACCAUGAACAAAACCUCUGCAAGCCGUGUAUGUGCAGUCCCUUUGGUUCCAUGGCACUUCGGUGUGACCGAACUGGGAGCUGCAUCUGUAAGCCUGGCUUCACGGGGAAACGGUGCGAACACAGCAGCCAGAUCUUUGAAAGGCAGUACAGCGGGAACACACGAAUUGCAAAGCAAAUUCGAUUCCCGGAACGGCGGUGGUGGGCAAGUGGCGUUGGUGGCUGUCCACGUGGUGCAUACAAACCUGCCACCCCUCCUAUUAGAGGGAGUGGAACCUACGAUCUGAGCUCUUCAAGGGGUUGCAUUCCUUGUAACUGCAAUUCAUUUGGAUCCAAAUCAUUUGACUGUGAUGAAAAAGGUCAAUGCAGAUGUCAGCCUGGAGUGACAGGACCGAAAUGUGAUCGAUGUGGCGUUGGCUUCUACAAUUUCCAGGAAGGAGGAUGUAUCUCAUGUGACUGUGCCCACAUCGGCAAUCAUUGCGAUCCAAACACUGGCCAGUGCAUCUGCCCUCCGAAUACAGUGGGUGAAAAGUGCAACAAAUGUGCACUGAAUUUCUGGGGACAUAACCUUGUCAGUGGAUGCAAACCCUGCAACUGCACAACUGUAGGAUCUUUAAACCUUCAAUGCGAUGAGGAAACUGGCUGCUGCUUCUGCCACCCGGAGUUCACAGGGGAUAAAUGUGACAGAUGCAGAGCAGGUUACUGGGAAUAUCCACUGUGCAGGCCUUGUAACUGUGAUCUGGCAGGGACAAAGAUUCAGAGCUGUGACGAAAUGGGAAUAUGCACUUGUGAACAAAACAAUGGACAAUGUGACUGUAAGGUGAAUGUGGAGGGGAUUCUCUGUGGUAGAUGCAAGACCGGCACAUUUGCACUGCGCUCCAACAAUCCUUAUGGAUGCAAUAACUGCUACUGUUUUGGCGUGACUUCACACUGUACGGAAGCAAGUGGACUGAUCUACAGGAGAAUAACACUUACCCAUGAUCAGACUACAUUGGAAAUCGUAGAUAAACUCAACCUCCAUAGAACAACCAGUGGUGUUUUCUACCAGCAUCCAGAAAUAGUGGCCAAUGUGGAUAGAGUGAUCACUGAUCUUCUUUACGAACCAUUUUAUUGGAAACUUUCAGGGCAGUUUGAAGGGGAAAAGCUAACAGCCUACGGAGGCAAACUCAGGUAUACCAUUUACUUUGAGGCAAGAGAAGAGGUCGGGCGAUCCACAUAUGAGCCACAGGUCAUUAUGAGAGGCGGACCCACAAAGGACAUGGCUAUCAUAAGGCACAUAUCAGCACCUCAGAUUGGUCAGUUGACCAGACAUGAGAUCGAGUUCACUGAGCACGAUUGGAGAUACUACAAUUCAGCAGAUGGCAGCCCUGUGUCUCGCAAGGACUUUAUGGACAUCUUGUAUGACAUUGAUUGUAUCCUCAUCAGAGCUUCUUAUGGGACUUACAUGAGGCAAACCAGAAUCUCUGAGAUCUCUUUAGAAGUAGGUGAAAGAGGUGAGAGCUCCUCUGUGCUUGAAAGUGCACGACAGAUUGAGCAGUGCCAUUGUCCUGAAGGCUAUUCCGGUUUGUCCUGCCAGGAGUGUGCCCGAGGAUAUUAUAGACUACCAUUGACAGCGAUCGGAGGAUCCAACCCAAUGCUGUGGAACUGUGUAGCAUGUCAGUGCAACAGCCAUAGCGACAUCUGUGACUCUAAAACCUCCAUCUGCCAGAACUGUCAGCACAACACAGCUGGUGAUCAUUGUGAUGUGUGCGCUCGUGGAUACUAUGGGAUUGUCAGAGGAUCUCCAAAUGACUGUCGACCUUGUGCCUGUCCUCUUCAGAUUCCAAACAACAAUUUCAGUCCAACCUGCAUUGUGGAUGAAUUUACUGAUUAUCGGUGCAAUGCAUGUCUGGAAGGAUAUGAGGGACAAUACUGUGACAGGUGUGCACCUGGUUACUAUGGUAAUCCAACAAUUGAUGGAAGCUCUUGUGUACAAUGUGAGUGCGAUCCUCUUGGUUCCUUACCCGUACCAUGUGACACAGUCACUGGUCAGUGUAGAUGCCUUCCAGGAAUGAUGGGCCAGACCUGUGAUGGAUGCAUGGAUUGGCAUGUUCGUGUGGGCACGAAAUGUAUCUCUUGUGAUGAUGAAUGCACCGGACUUCUUCUAAAUGACCUGCAACACCUUAAUAUGAUGAUUACAAGUUUGAAUCUCUCUGGACCUCUACCUCCCCCGUACCAUGUGCUCUACAAAUAUGAAAAUGUGACUCAGGAAUUAAAGUACCUAAUGUCACCUCAGAGAGCUCCCGAGAGACUUCUGCAGCUGGCAGAUAGUAGCCUGAACACCUUGGUCAUGGAGAUGGAUGAGCUAUUGAAUAGGGCAACAAAAAUUUCUGCAGAUGGCGAACAAACUGAUAAAGAUGCUGAGAGAACUCACAAGCGUGCAAAGGAGAUAGAAAAGUCCAUCAAAGAUACCGUAAUGGGUUCCCAAGACAUAAAAUUAAAAGCCAAAAAAUUAAAUGAAACCCUCGGGAUCAAAGAUGGAGUUACAGACAAGAAUCUACAAGACAUGCAGCAGGAUAUUGAGAAGAUGAUGGCAGAGUUACAAAAGCGCUCAUUUGACAAACAUGAGCAAAUAGCUGAAAAUGAACUUGGGGUUGCUGAUGCACUUUUGGCAAAAGUGAAAAAGAUGUUUGGGGAUCCUCAUGAGAGGACUCACGAUUUGAAGAAUGAAGUCAUGAACAAAAUAACCAAUUACAAAAGCAAAUUGGACAAUGCCCAAGAGCUGCUGAAAGAAGCGGAAGAAACAAUCAGAGAGGCCGAUCGCUUAUCAACAGUUAACCAAAGAAACUUGACCUCUUUAGAGGCAAGGAAACAAGCUGUAGAAGGUGGUAAAAAGGAUACAAAAGAUGUGCUGACAGAAGGUCAACAUCUUAUAGCUGAAGCCAAGCGUCUUUUGGAAGCUGCUACUCUGGGAUUAGAUGAAUUAAAAGACAAAAACAAUUUGGAACCAUUGACGAGACAGUUGAAGAACAAAAUAAAUGAACUCACCAUUGACAUUCAUGUAGAGAACCUCCCAGAUCUUGUGCAUCGUGCAGAGGAUCAUGCUGCAGUCCUAAACGACUCGUCUAGCAUCCUAGACGGUAUUCUUGCUGAAGCCAAAAAUCUGUCCUUUAAUGCGACAGCAGCUUUCAAAGCUUACACCAACAUCAAAAAUAACAUUGAUGAAGCUGAAAAAAUUGCUAAAGAGGCUAAGACUCGAGCCAAUCAAGCUCUUCACCUGGCAUCUAGUCCAAGGGGAUCUUUGAAGGAUUCUGCAAAAGGUUCACUGCAGAAAAGCUUCAAACUGUUGAAUGAGGCCAACAAACUAGGAACAGAUUUAGAAGUGAAUGAGGAAAACUUGGACAGUUUACAAAACAGGCUAAAAGAUGGUGCAGGAAAAAACAAAAAUUUGCUGAAGGCCUUAAAUGAUACUCUUGCUAAACUCCAUGCUAUUCCCAAUGAUGCAGGCACGAAGCUACAAGCAGCUAAGGAUAAGGCUAAGCAAGCGAAUGACACAGCAAAUGCAGUGCUGGAGGAAAUAAAAGAUCUGAACCAGAAUUUGCUUGGACUACAGGACAACAGUAGCAAACUGGAAGAUGAUGUUGCCAAAGUAAAUUCUGCCAUUAUAGACCCCGCCAAGACUAUUUCUGAAGCUGAUACUAUGGUUAAGAAACUAGAAGAAGAGACUGACCGGUUACUGGAUAAAUUAAAACCUAUUAAGAACCUUCAGGACACUGUGGGAAGGAACAUCUCCCACAUAAAGGAACUUAUAAAUCAAGCCAGAAAGCACGCCAACUCCAUUAAAGUAUCAGUGGCAUCUGGUGGGGACUGCAUUCGUACUUACCGGCCUGACAUUAAGAAGGGCACCUUGAACUCUAUUAUUCUGAAUGUGAGGACAUCAGAACUUGAGAACCUGUUAUUUUACCUUGGCAGUGCAAAAUUCACUGAUUUCUUGGCAAUUGAGAUGCGCAAGGGCAAAGUCAACUUCCUAUGGGAUGUGGGAUCUGGUGUUGGACGUGUUGAGUAUCCGGACUUGAUCAUUAAUGACUUUUACUGGUAUAGAAUUGAAGCAUCCAGGUUUCAAAGAAAUGGGACAAUUUCUGUACGUGCCCUGGAAGGGCCCAGGGGAAGCAUCAUGCCAACUAUUUACCAUGCAGUAUCACCAGAAGGCUACACUAUACUCGAUGUAGAUACAAAUGCUUACCUGUUUGUUGGUGGUCUAACGGAAAAAGUGAAGAAAGCAGAUGCAGUCAAAACAACCACAUUCUCUGGCUGCAUGGGAGAAACCUUCUUGGACGGUAAACCUAUUGGAUUGUGGAAUUACAAGGACAGACAGGGAGAGUGCAAAGGAUGUGUUGUAAGUCCACAGCCCCUUGAAAUUGAAGGCACAGUGCAGUUUGAUGGAGAAGGUUAUGCCGCUGUUAGCCGCCCAAGUCGCUGGAACCCAAAUGUGUCGGCAAUCACUUUCAAGUUCAAGACCUUUUCAUCAGAUGCACUACUCAUGUACCUUGCAACAAAAGACAUGAAAGAUUUCAUGAGCAUUGAACUCAAGAAUGGGCAGAUAAAGGUCAGCUAUGACCUUGGCUCAGGCACAGCUAAUGUCACUGGCAUCAAACAUCACAAUGAUGGGAAAUGGAAGGUGUUCACGCUGUCAAGAAUUCGGAAAGAAGCAAAUGUUGUCAUACUUGAUGAAAAUGACAACAAAAUAGAAACACUAGUCACAGUUUCUAAAGGGACUAACUCAGGCCUUAACCUGAAGGAUAAAGACAAGAUUUAUUUUGGUGGUCUACCGACAGGACAAAAUAUAAGAUCCGAAAUUGUGUUAAAGAAAUACAGUGGCUGUCUCCGAGAUAUAGAAGUUUCACGAACGCCAUACAAUUUAUUGAGUGGCACAGAUUACCUGGGAUUGACAAAGGGCUGCACAUUGGAGAAUGUCCACACUGUUAGCUUCCAAAAACCUGGUUUUAUUGAGCUGAAGCCACAAUCCCUGAACGUAAGCACAGAGAUCUCUCUUUCCUUCAGUACAAAGAACGAAACUGGAAUGAUACUAUACGGCAGUGGAGCUCGCACUUCACCCAGGAGAAAACGCAGACAAAGUGGACAGGUCUAUUAUGCAGUUUUUCUAAACAGAGGACGCCUAGAAGCGCAUGUUUCCACUGGAGCUAGGGAUCCCCGUCGAGUCACAAUCAAGCCAGAGUCUGGAGAGUUUAACGAUGGCAAAGAGCAUACUGUUAGAAUAUGGAGAGACAGGGGAUUCCUCAGAGUCCAAAUGGAUGAAGAAAGGAUUCACAUGCAGCGACUGCCAAAUGAUCAUUCUCUCCAUAUUAAACAACUAUUUGUUGGUGGUGUUCCUGUCUCCUUCCAGCCCAACCCUCUCAGAAGCAUUAUGCCUUUUUAUGGCUGCAUAUGGAAUGUAGUUGUUAAUUCAGUACCUCUAGAUUUUGCUCAACCAGUAUCUUUUGAGAAUGCAAACAUUGGCAAGUGUCCCACGCUGGAGCCACCAAAGCAACCUGAUGAAGAAGAGGAGGAAAUUGAGACAUCAACAAGACUUCCAGCUCAGAUCACACCCAAACCCAUCCCAGAAGAGUGGGAGGUUCCCACGCCUCCUGAAACAUGUGCUGCUGACAUUUCUCCUGUUACAAUACUGAAAGCCAAGCAGUUUGGCCUCUCUAAGAACAGCCAUGUUGCCAUAGGGUUUGAUGACACCAAAGUUAAAGCCAGGCUAAUAAUUGAGUUUGAAAUCCGAACAGAAGCAAUGUUUGGCCUUGUAUUUUACAUUGCCAGAAUAAAUCAUGCAGAUUUUGCAACUAUUCAGAUAAAAGAUGGAAUGCCUCAUUUCAGCUACGACCUUGGAAGUGGGAAUACAAGUGUAGUUGUUCGAAAGAAGAUUAAUGAUGGUGAAUGGCACAAGAUCCGAAUUGUCCGGGAUAAGAAGAGAGCUACAGUCACAGUUGGUCUCAGCAUGGCAACCACAGUCAGUCCUAAAAAUGCAGACAUUUUGGAUGUUGUGGGGUUGAUCUACAUUGGAGGAUUACCAAAGAACUAUACAACAAGAAGAAUUGGUCCUGUGAUCUCUAGCAUAAACGCCUGUAUCCGUAACUUUAAACUGAAUUCCAAAACUCUUGAUAUGGAUAACCCAGAAUCCAGCUUGGAUGUCGGUACCUGCUUUCUCAAUAGCCAGAAGGGAACCUAUUUUGAUGGAACAGGUUUUGCUAAACCAGUUGCACACUACAGGGUUGGAAUGGAUUUACAAAUCGAGUUUGAUUUCCGCACUUCUCAAAGAAAUGCUGUCUUGCUGGGGAUCAGUAGUCAGAAAGUGGAUGCAAUAGGCAUUGAACUGGUCAACGGAAAAAUUUUGGUUCAUGUUGACAAUGGAGCAGGCAGAUUUACAGCUGUGUAUGAUCCCGAACGUUUCAAUGGUUUGUGCAAUGGGCAGUGGCACACUGUGGUGGUUAAUAAAAUUAAAUACCGUUUGGAACUUACUGUUGACGGGAAGAAAGUAGAAAGCAAAAGCUCCAGCACUACCUCUACUGCAACAGAUACCAAUGACCCAAUCUUUGUUGGAGGUUAUCCAGAUGGUGUGAAACAGUUAGGAUUGACCACAAACACUGGGUUCAAAGGCUGCAUACGUCACCUCAAACUGGUAAAAGGCACACAGACCCUGAAAAUAGAUUUCAGCAAGGCAGUGGAGAUCAAGGGAGUUCAACCCCUUACAUGUCCCGCAUGAGAAAAGAGUGCUUGCAAUAUAUUAAAAUGUUUUAACCAAAGAUAAAAUCAUGCAAUCCAAAAUAAGCCUGUAUCUUGUAGACAUUAAACAUUACCUUCAUAUUA